UGGAGGAGGUGGAGGAGGUGUCGGUCGGUUGCUUCCCGCCCCCGAGCCGGAGCUGGAGGUGAGCAGAGCAGUGCUGUGGGACAGAGCGGAGCCGGCUGAGCCGGCGCCGAGCUCCCGCCAUGGCCCGGAACACACUGUCCUCGCGCUUCCGCCGGGUGGACAUCGACGAGUUUGACGAGAACAAAUUCGUGGACGAACAGGAGGAGGCGGCAGCGGUGGCGGCCGAGCCAGGCCCGGACCCGAGCGAGGUGGACGGUCUCCUGCGGCAAGGGGACAUGCUUCGGGCCUUUCAUGCAGCCUUGCGGAACUCUCCCGUCAACACCAAGAAUCAAGCUGUGAAGGAACGAGCCCAGGGUGUGGUGCUGAAGGUGCUCACAAAUUUUAAGAGCAGCGAAAUUGAGCAGGCUGUGCAGUCACUGGACAGAAACGGCAUUGACUUGUUAAUGAAGUACAUUUAUAAAGGGUUUGAGAAGCCCACAGAAAACAGCAGCGCGGUGUUACUGCAGUGGCAUGAAAAGGCAUUAGCAGUAGGAGGACUAGGCUCCAUUAUAAGAGUUCUUACAGCAAGAAAGACUGUUUAAUAAAAGAGACUCAUGUUACCUUGAGAAGAUAAGAAUUUUGGAUGCACAGGCUGGUGAAGAAGGGAUUGACAUGGACCAUCUUCCUAGGAACUCCCAACUAAACUUUUCAGGACAUGUGUCCUCUGAAAUGUAUUUUAUUUUCAAGGUGGAGGGAGAAUUUGUCUUACUGUUUCCUAAAUCCUUUGCAGGAUCUGAUAGUCUGCCUUUGUCUAUGAGUAACGCAGAACUGACAUUCUUGACUGUCUACCAUAGUGGCUGGCCAGCCUUGGUCAGGUGUACCUGUGUACACUGCCUGUUUAAAAUGGGGGAGGGGUGAUUUGGCAGGUACAGAUCCAAGGGCUGUGGUAAAAGGGAGAGCUUGUUUUUAUGAAGUGGAAAAAACCCGAGGGUUUCUACAGACAUCCCGUCCUCCCAGAGAAGGCGGACUCUUGGGUUCAUUGUAAAGUGCCUGCUGCAUCAAUAAAGCUCUUGGCUUAUUAGUA